AUCAAUCAUGAUACUGUAAUAUUUUUCUUUGAAAAUAUCACUAUGCUUGCGAAAUGCAUUCCAAGUCACCUCACUCCUUCCUAGAAGACGUGAGAUAACCACCAGAUCCCCACUGUCCCCCCAACUACCCCCUCCCAGUCCUAGAACCUGUCCCCACGUUAUCUUCCUUGUGUUAGUGGCCUGAGACAGCUCGACAUCAACAGUUGACAGGAGGGAUCGAGAGGGCAGACAAAGUGCACCUACCUUUCAGAGACAGUAAGUAUUGAGGAAGGAGGAUACUCAUCCCAAUGUUGAAACAAGCGCUUGACCAGCUUGCAAAACUAUCUGCUGCACGGGCAACGCGUGACGAUGACCUCAUUGACCAGUUACACCAUUACGUUGCUGUGGGAACGUUGUUGGCGCUCGCUGUGUUGGUCGGUGCCAAGUCCUUUGUGGGUGCGCCUAUCAAUUGUUGGGUACCGAAAGAAUACGACAAGGAUCAUUUUCAAGAUUACGUGAACGCUUACUGUUGGAUAUCCGACAUGUACAACGUGCCUUUCUCAGAGUCACUUCCGGUUGCGAUUGAUGAUCGGAUGUCCGAAGACCGAGACGUCAGCUUCUACCGUUGGGUCAUCGUCAUGUUCAUGGUCCAGGCAUUUAUGUUUGAGAUCCCGCACAUGAUAUGGAAAACAAUGAAAGGCUUCUCGGGCAUUAACAUGGAAAAGAUCGUUGGCAUGACGCUGGACACACAGAUGCAGCCGGAAGCUGACCGCGACACCAAGAUGAAGCAUAUCUCCAUCUUCAUCGACAGAUGGCUGAAGACGUACCGCCGAUUUGAACAAAACCCGUUCGGGAAUCUGAAGAACAGGUUAGCUAACGUUUUCUUCUGCUUUGGCAAACGUUCAGGCUGUUACCUCACCAGACUGUAUCUUUUCGUGAAGCUGCUGUAUUUGGUCAACGUUGUUUCUCAGUUUCAAAUCCUUACCUCUUUCCUUGGGUUCAACUACUGGGCGUACGGAGGUAAUGUUCUUGAACUUCUAGCCGGCGACUCCUAUUGGGUAGAUCUACAGAACUUUCCCCGCAUUGGAAUGUGCGACUUCCAGAUACGGCAACUUCAGAAUGUUCAAACAUUCACGGUUCAGUGUGUCCUGUCCAUCAACCUCUUCCUGGAGAAGAUCUAUGCUGCACAGUGGUUUGUUCUUCUCAUCCUGUCUCUGCUGACCCUAGGGAGCCUGAUUUCCUGGACAGUUGAGGAGGUGUUCACAUCAAGGCGGGAGAAGUUUCUCAACAAGUACCUGUUCAUGUUUAAAGAUGGCGGAGAUUCGGUUGACCUGAAGCUCUUCAAGAAAUUCGUGCGACAUUAUCUCCGAGAUGACGGCAUCUUUCUGUUACGAGUUGUCGGCAACAACACCAGCGAUAUUAUGACCUUUGAUCUCCUAAAACACCUAUGGGCCAAAUUUAAGAAGGAGCAUCACAAAUCUGAUGACGAGUUCAGUCCUGAAACAAAAUCUUUCGUCAAUAGCUCAGUAUAAAUCAGAUGUUAUGAAGGUGUAUCUAUUUCUCCAUCUAGGUCUGAUAGAGCUUGUUUAAUUAUUUGAUUUUGGUUUCUAUAUAUUGAUAAAUGUCUACUUCCAGAUUUAAACAAUAGGUUAACCCAGAAAUAUAUGCAGGAAUGAAUUUCAUAGUUAAACUAAGAAACACAAUGACAGUAGCAAGAGUACUUCAAAAUUUAGUGGGCGUUUGAAAUACAAUAGAAGUCACUGAUACUAGCGACAGUGGUCAAAUUUCCAAAACAGACUUUUGCUGGACAUGACCUGCCAUCAAGGUGAAAACAUAAUCUUCAGGGUGGUUUGGUGAAAUGUGAAAUGAUGGAAAUAUGCGCUUGCCCACCUAUGUAGUCUAAGCACCUUCUAGAAAGUUCCAUACAAAGAUAGAUUAGUCUAUAGCUGCCCUAGGAUGCAUUCGAAUGCCACUUUCAAAAUGGUCAAACACAUGAUAGCAUUCUUGCACAGAUUGCGUCUCCUGAAGAAAUCCCGGAAUUACUAUAGCUACGGUCAAAGACGUGAGGUAAAUCGCUUUCUUUCAGUGACCCAUGUUUCUGGACGAUCUCUGGUGUACCAACAAAUUCAUGUUUUACACGAAGACUUUUCACAAUGAUUUGUAAAUCAAAACACUUGAAAUUCUAUCAUGUUUCCUGGGAAUAAUUCCGUCCAGAUCAUUAAAGUUUCAUUGUAUCAUUGUAUUCUGAAAUAUAUGUGGUGUAUGUGUUUAUAAUAGCGAUUGAUGUAAGCAAUACUAGCUCAGCAUUGAGUUAGUUCAAUAUCGUUAUAUUAUUUAUCUGUAUCAGCGCGCUUUCUGAAAUGGGCUUUGUAGCGUUACAUUAGUUUUCUGAUAUCACAUUGUUUUAUAAAAAGCCUUGUUUUAUCAGACUCUCAUUGUUUUAUGAAAUUAGUGUUGUUUUAUCAUAAUAGUGUUGUUUUAUCAAAUUAACGUUAGUGCUUCUCUGUAUACACUGGAUUGGAUACAAAUGCUUCAUUUUAAAUAUUAUCAUUUCUGACUAAUGAAAACUAUAAUGUCUGAUCUUUAGCGCUUCUUGGUUUAUCUCAAGCAGUGAUUAACACAGUUGUACAUAACGAGCGUAUCUUAGUAAACAGAGCAUAUAUAUUCUCAAUCAAACCGUUAUUUUCAAUUGCUUGCGAUUAAAUAUACCUUCCUAAAAACUCAUUUUGCAUCAUCAACGUACCUGUAAACGUAAGGGCCACUGGAAUUCAAAUUUUAACUGCGAUAGCCAUACUUAAUUUAUAAGAAAUAUUUCUUGUGCGUUACAGUUUCAACAAUUAUCAAUUCUUGAAAAACCAUGCUCACUGGUUCAAAGAAAACUUAUAUAAAGAAAAUAAUAUAAACUUACAUAGAAUCACAACAAACUCAAUGUAUCAAUAGCUCGAUUUCGUGUCAGCAAUUAUAUUGCCUUUUACCUGAUAUAUAUUUGUGAAUACAGGUUCAUAGCAUAUUUAAAUUUAGAUGUGCACCAUAGCGCACUAGUCUACUAGUACAUAAAGGUAUAUGGUGCGGGUUGGACUGAUUGUCAAUACUGUGUACUCAGAUCUACCAAGUGAACUAUUUACUCCCAAUUAUGAUGUUCUUGUUAUGUGACAUAAAAUAUAUGUUUUCAUGUUUAUAUUUUUUAUUGAAUAAACAAUACACAGUC